UACGAUCCAGCGUCGCGCGCAGUCACCGUCGUCGUCCACGGGAGCUCAGCCGCAGGUGACUCACUCAAAAACUAUGCCCUCCCGCCACCAUCGCCUGGCGUCGCUGACGAAGCAGUUGACCACCCACGUGAACGCCGGCCGCCACCGCGACGCGCUCGCGCUCUUCUCCCGCAUGCUCUCCGCUCCCGACCUCCCACCGCUCACCGACCCCUCCUUCGCCCACGCCUUCCCGCUCGGCCUCAAGUCUGCCACCGCCCUCCGCGUCCCCCGCGCCGCCGCCUCGUUCCACGCGCUUGCCGCCAAGUGCGGCAUCCUCUCCAGCCCCUUCCUCGCCUCCGCUCUCAUCGCCUCCUACGGCAACGGCAGCUCCCACUCCCCCGCCCCCGCGCUCGCCCGCCGCCUGUUCGAUGAAUUGCCCGCCCGCAACCGCAAUGCCGUCGUCUGGAGCGCCAUGAUCUCCGUCCACGUCCGGGCGGGAGAUCUCAUCGCUGCGGCGCGGGCGCUCGACCUCAUGGACGUCCCCCCGACCGCAUCCUGCUUCAACACUGUGAUUGCCGCUGUUGCAGAGUCUGAGGACCACCCGGCCCGAGCCAUCGAGGUCUACCGACAUAUGCAAAGAGUGGGCGUCGCGCCGAGCUUCAUCACUCUGCUGGCUAUUGUCCCCGCGUGCACCGAGAUGGGCGCAUUGAUUUCAAUCAAGGAGGUGCACGGCUUCGCGGUGCGGCAUGGCAUGUCGGCGAGAUCCCACAUUGGCAGCUCCCUCAUCGAAGCGUACGGGCGCUGUGGUUCUCUAGCUGGCGCGCAGGGGGUGUUCAACCAGGUGCAGGAUCGGGAUUUAGUUGUAUGGAGCGCUCUGGUAUCAGCUUACGCUUUCCAUGGCCGUGCGGAGGUUGCAAUGUCGCUUUUCAGGGAUAUGGAGGAGCAGGACGACGUUCGGCCUGAUGGCAUCAUGUUCCUUAGUUUGUUGGCAGCCUGUGCCCAUGCUGGUCGCGCAGAUGAUGCAUUGCAGUAUUUUGAUGUGUUGACCAAGAGAUAUGAAGUGGAGGCAAGUGGGGAUCAUUAUUCGUGCUUGGUUGAUGUCUUGGGCCGGGCAGGAAGGCUGCAUCAAGCUUACGAGCUUAUACGGACAAUGCCGGUUAAGGUAACAGUGAAAGCCUGGGGGGCUCUUCUUGCUGCUUGCAGGAAAUACGGGGAGGUGACAUUGGCAGAGGUUGCUGGGAGAGCAUUGUUUGAGAUUGAACCGGAGAAUGCAGGAAACUUUGUUUCGCUCGCAAAUAUCUAUGCAGGCGUGGGAAUGCAUGAGGAGGCAGAGCAGGUGAGAAGGGAGAUGGAGCAGCGAGGUGUGCAGAGAUUGCCUGGAAGCAGUUGGAUGAUACACCACAAGUCAAGUUGUUGAGGCAAUGUCCAAUAAAUUCUCCCCCCCCCCCCCCAAUGGCUCGUUGUCUAUACCAGCCAAGCUAAGAUUUUAACAGUUUUUCUGUCAGUCAAAACAUGUAGGAACUGACUGAUUGGUAGCAGUGGUUUUAUAUGAAAAAAUCAGGCACACAUUUGCAAAGUGUCAUUACUGCUUCACAGCAAAGUUCAUUCAGAUAUGCAAUAGCUAUAUGUCCAUGGAA